AAAAGUUGAACAUUGAACAUAAAAAAAAUAAAAAAAAUAAAAAAAAUAAAAAGACUCGGGCGUAACCGCAAUUGGUCAAAUACGAUUAAAUCCUUCCCCUGAGUUCCGACCCCUCACCAGAGCUCCGAAACGCAGCUUCCUAAAAAGCAACCCAACCACAACAACCCAACAAAAACAAAACCGACGGAAAACGUAAUCCUCAGCUUGUCAAAAUUCCCUUAGAGCUUACAAAACGACGCAGUUUUAGCUGCAAAUGCUCUGAAGUUUCGGCCUGGGAUCUCGAAUAUGGCCGUAGCUGACCGGAAAUCAUCAUCGUCGUCGUCGUCGUCGGACAGCAAGCUCUGGGGAUUCUUCUCGCGGCCGUUUCGUCAAUCUUCGUCGUCGCAAACCGUCCACCACCACCACCACCACCACCACCACCACAGCCAUCAAUCCUCGCAGGUUGACGGUUCAAUUCCUCACGGCUCCACUUCGGUCUCGUCGGUCGCAAGGUCGCUGCUUCCCACGCGCCGUCGUCUCAAGCUCGAUCCUUCCAACAAGCUCUACUUCCCUUGUGAACCGGGUAAACAGGUCAGAAGUGCCAUUAGAAUAAAAAACUCAAGCAAAUCCCAUGUAGCAUUCAAGUUUCAAACUACUGCACCGAAAAGUUGUUUCAUGCGUCCUCCUGGGGCUAUUCUUGCUCCUGGCGAGAGUAUCAUUGCAACUGUGUUCAAGUUUGUGGAACUUCCGGAGAACAAUGAAAAACUGGUAGAUCAAAAGAGCAGGGUCAAAUUUAAAAUCAUGAGCUUGAAGGUGAAAGGACCAAUGGAUUAUGUACCUGAGCUGUUCGAUGAGCAGAAGGAGCAAGUUGCAAUAGAACAGAUAUUGCGGGUUGUUUUUCUUGAUCCAGAGCGUCCUAGUCCGACUCUGGAAAAGUUGAAGCGCCAAUUAGCUGAAGCGGAUGCUGCACUUGAGGCACGCAAGAAACCGCCAGAAGAUGCAGGUCCAAAGAUUAUUGGUGAAGGGCUUGUAAUAGAUGAGUGGAAAGAGCGGAGGGAAAGAUAUCUUGCUCGACAGCAGGUCGAAGGAGUGGACUCGGUGUAAAGGCGGUGCUUCUUUCCUUGCGGGUGCUUUUUUCUGUGAUUGGUUGAGAAUCUAUCUACUAAUGAGAAUCAGUCUCUAUCAUUUUAUCUUUUCUUGUUACAUGAAGAAUGUUGUACCCAGAAACAUGAUUAGGAGGAGUUUACAAUAUAUUUCGGUGUAAAAAAAAAAAAAAAAAAUGAAAAAAAAAAAAAA